CAGCGUGCUCUGCUGACUGCAAGGAAGAAUGGGAGUAUCUCCUUUUUCGACGUGACCACGGACUCGGACCAUCCUAGUGAGGAAUUUAUAACAUCGCUGAUCCGGUCGUUUUUUGACGAUAUUGUUCGGAUCUCUAACAAUCCUUUGGAUGUUGGAGAAAUGAUGAAGCUUCUUACCAGUCCAGCAUGUGGCCCUACGUCAAUGUUCGCUGAAACCACUCCUGACGUUUGCGGUGGAAAGAAAGUUUUACGACACUACUACGAAAGCGACGAUGAGAUGGCUCACAAGGAACUGCGGAAUAUUUGUGGACGAAUACGAAAUAAGUACCCUGCAGUGGAACGUGUUGUGAUUUUCCACAGAGUUGGUGCGAUUCCAGCCGGGGAAACGUCACUUCUUAUUGCCACCUCCUCGGCUUACCAGGAAGACGCUUUAUGCGCCACGAAGAUGGCUUUCAAUGAAAUCAGGAAAGUAGUGUCUAUACGGAAAAAGGUGAUAUACGAGGAUGACGUUAAUUCUAGCAAAGGUGAUAAUCAAAAAUGUAAUGGAAGGGCUCAUAAUGACAAUAUGGAAGAUAACAGGGCCGCAAGAGCGAACGGG